AUGGGCUUUGGCUUCACGUCCAUCCGUGCCUGCGAAGAGGUGGUGGCCGUCCUGCGUGUGCCUCGGUUUCCCCUGCCCCGAGAAGGGAACCACGUCCUGACCCUGAUGUCCAUGGCGGCUCGCAUCUACAAACACCCCAGCCUGAAGAACUCCAUCAACCUGGUGGUGGUGAAGGUGCUGGUGGUGGACGAGGCGGCAGCGGGGCCGGAGGUGUCCGACAACGGCGGGCUCACCCUGCGCAACUUCUGUAGCUGGCAGCAAAGGUUCAACCCUCCGAGCGACCGGCACCCGGAGCACUACGACACUGCCAUCCUGCUGACGAGACAGGACUUCUGCGGACACCAAAGCUGCGACACGCUGGGAGUGGCGGAUAUCGGCACCAUGUGCGACCGCAACAAAAGCUGCUCGGUGAUUGAAGACGAGGGCCUGCAGGCAGCCUACACCCUGGCUCACGAACUGGGCCACGUGCUCAGCAUGCCCCACGAUGACUCCAAGACCUGCGAGCGGCUCUUCGGGCCCCUCGGCAAGCACCAUAUGAUGGCCCCUCUUUUCAUCCACUUGAACAAGACCCAGCCCUGGUCUCCUUGCAGCGCCAUGUACCUCACCGAGUUCCUGGACGGAGGGCACGGCGACUGCUUGCUCGAUGCCCCGGCCGACCCCCUCUCCCUGCCCGCCGAGCUGCCCGGCCGAGGAGCCCUGUACAGCCUGGACCAGCAAUGCCAGCAGAUCUUCGGCAAGGACUUCCAGCACUGCCCCAACACCACGGAGGAGGACAUCUGCGCCCAGCUCUGGUGCAGGACCGGCAGCGGGGAGCCCCUUUGCCACACCAAGAACGGCAGCUUGCCCUGGGCCGACGGCACGCCCUGCAAAGCUGGUGGGCUGUGCUGGGACGGCCGCUGCGUGCCGCAGGACGCCCUGAAGCCCCAG